AUGACUAUAUCAACUAGAGGCCAAACAGUGGAACCUCCAGAUGGUGAAAACAACAUUGUACCUGUUCAACCAUCCGGUUUACAAAUGGAGCCACAAAGUGUUACUGAUAAUGAAGGAGUUUCGUCACACACCUGUAGCGAUACAAAUUGCACCUGCCGAGAGCCUGACUUUCCUCAUGAAAAAUUAGCCAUUUUGGAUGAGAAAAUAUCUAGCCCUAGGUGGGUUGUGCCAGUUUUGCCGGAACAGGAGUUAGAAUGUUUAAUGCAAGCUGCUAUCAAUUUAUGUCGCACUGGUGAUGACGUGCGUUCAGAAGCUUGUCAGAGGUUUUUUCGUGAAGGCCUUACGAUCUCAUUCACUAAAAUUCUCACUGAUGAAGCUGUUAAUUCCUGGAAAUAUAACAUUCAUCAUUGUAUUUACCAGAAUUGCCUUCGACUUGUAGAACUGUGUGUUGUUAAAUUAUCUCAAGAUUGGUUUCCAUUGUUGGAUCUUCUUUCAAUGGUUUUUAAUCCAAAUAACAGGUUUCACACAUACAAUGCAGCAAGACAGAGUGAGACUGUUCCAGUAGGAUCUACUGUAGUUGAAGAAGAAAUAUUUGCCAGGCCACCUGACUCCCGCACACCAAGGGGUUGGCUUGUAGAUCUCAUUAAUAGAUUUGGUGGCCUGGGAGGUUUCCAAAUCCUGGUUGAAAGGUUUCAGUCUGGAGCAAUUGUUCCUGUUCCUGUAGUUCAUGCUCUAAUUAAACCUUUUGGUCUUUGCUAUGAACUUCUUACAGUUCACACAAUAGUAAAGUACCUAAUGCCUAUUGUGGAAAGAGUUCCACAAUUUCUAGAUAAUUUAACUGAUGAAGAACUAAAAAAAGAAGCAAAAAAUGAAUCAAAAAACGAUGCCAUUUCUUCUAUUAUCAAAUCUGCUAAAUGCCUAGUGUCCAGAGUAUCAGGACAAGAAGAAACAAUAAAACAGCUUGAAAUAUUCAGGCUAAAGAUGAUUUUAAGGCUUUUACAAAUAUCUUCAUUCAAUGGAAAGAUGAAUGCUUUGAAUGAAGUUAAUAAAGUAAUUGCCGGAGUAUCUUAUUAUCCACAUAGACAUACACCUAACAUGGAUCCUGAAGCUGAGUGGCUUACACCAGAAAGAAUGGCUAAAUGGAUAAAAGAAAAUGGUGUCCUACAAAUUGUAUUAAGGGAUUCCCUCCAUCAACCACAGUAUGUGGAAAAGCUGGAAAAAAUAUUACGAUUUGUAAUUAAAGAACGGUGUCUUUCAUUGGAGGAUUUGGAUAGUCUGUGGGCUGCACAACAUGGAAAGCAUGAAGCUAUUGUAAAAAAUGUGCAUGACCUCCUCGCCAAACUAGCAUGGGAUUUUUCACCCGAACAACUUGAUCACCUUUUUGAAUGUUUUCAAUCUAGCUGGACAAGUGCUAAUAAGAAGCAACGGGAAAAGCUCCUUGAAUUGAUACGAAGGUUAGCAGAAGAUGAUAAAGAUGGAGUUAUGGCUCAUAAGGUGCUUACCUUGUUUUGGAAUUUGGCUCAUUCUGAUGAUGUUGUCACUGAAAUAAUGGAUCAAGCAUUGAAUGCUCACGUUAAGAUUCUGGAUUAUAGUUGUUCACAGGAACGAGAUGCUCAGAAAACUGAAUGGUUAAACAAGUGUGUAGAAGAACUUAAAAAUAGUGAAAACUGGGUUUUACCAGCUUUAAAACAAAUUAGAGAAAUAGCUUGUUUGUAUGAACAACCACCUAAUGCAAAUCAACGGAGCCAUCAUGUCUGCUAUAGGCAAGAAGUUAUUAACAGGCUCCAAAAUGAACAUCAGCUUGUUAUAUUAGUUACUAAUAAUUUAACAAACUAUAUGGAGAAAGUAAGACAACUUGUUAAAGAGAGACCAGACCUUGAUCCAAAUGAAUACUAUCCAGACAAGAGAUAUAGUCAUAUAGCCCAAGUUCAUGAAAGACUGAAUUUUUUGCGAUUCCUCUUAAAGGAUGGUCAGCUUUGGCUUUGUGCAGAACAAGCAAAGCAAAUUUGGCAGUGCCUUGGUGAAGGUGCUGUUUUCCCUUCAGACAGGGAGGCUUGUUUUAAAUGGUUUUCAAAAUUAAUGGGUGAUGAGCCUGAUCUUGACCCUGCUGUAAACAGAGAUUUUUUCGAAAAUAAUGUUCUGCAAUUAGAUCCCUCUCUCCUGACUGAAAGUGGCAUGAAGUGUUUUGAAAGGUUUUUCAAAGCUGUCAAUUCCAAAGAAGGUAAGCUGAAAAUGAAGAAAAGAACAUUUUUAAUGGAUGAUGUCGAUUUAAUUGGAAAUGAAUAUAUUUGGAGGGUUGUAACAUCUAGUGGGGAUGAUAUGGCUGCACGUGCUAUUCAGCUGCUCAAGGAAGUUACUACUAAUCUCGGCCCUCGCCUCCAGUCAUCCUGUGUUCAGUUUCAUCAGUCAUACAUCAGUGAAUGUCUUGACAGGCUGAGAGCUCACUAUGAUACUGUUGUAAUUUUAAAAGGAGGGACCCCAAAUCCCCCGAGGAUAAACUUGGAGUGUGUGAAGAUGUGUAGAGUUCUAAAAGUUCUCAAAGAAUACAUUAGUGAAUAUGAUGGCGAAUUUACUGGUGAACGAAAAUAUCUUCCACUUUACAGGGCAUACAGAGGAAAACAAGUUACACUAUUAGUGAGAUUUUCUCAACCUGGUAGAAUUCUGGAUGACAUAGAAAUUCCAACUCAUGGUAAUGAAACCAUAGGCCUUGCUAGGAGAUUUAUAUUAAGGCGAAUCAAAGCAGGUUCUGCUCAACAUGUGAAACUUGACUUAUAUUUCAACGGAGAUCUUUUGGAUCCAUCAGAUGACAGGAAGCUUUUGGCCGAUCUUCACUUUGCUGAUAAAAUUCUUUUGACUGGAAAGCUAAGUCAAGCUAAUGCUAAUAUGGGAAGCUCACCAGAUAGUUCAUCAGAUAGUAGUACUGGAUCUCCUCAGCAUCCUUAUGAUAACCCUAAUUUAGAAGCUGAAAAUUGUCUACCUGGUGUUCUGAUGUCGCAAAAAUAUCAGACAACAGCUAGCCUUCUGAAAGUUUGCGAUUUAGCUUCUUCUCUGGGUAACACAGCUCUUGCACAAGUUUCAUAUUCUGUUUUAAGCUUGUGUCCACCUGAUAACCAUACCUUAACAACUCUUCAGAAUUUAUUCCAUGAAGAAUCGCCAACAUCUUCUAAUUCUGUUGAUGUUGAAUCGGCAUUUUACAAUCAGUCAUCUCCUCAAGUUUUGUAUCAUUUAGAGGUUCUUUAUGCCAUUUUGAUGCCAGCUAUCGAUCCUGUUUCUGAAAAAGCUUUUGAAAUGCAAUUCAACUUUUUUAAGAGUAAAUGUUGUAAUAUUUUACUCGAAAUAAUUACCAAAGACAAUUUCAUGUCUACUUCUGACAUUGUUGGUAAAAGGCAUGCUUAUUUAACUGUACUGAAGAUUUGCAAGCUUAUUCUUUGUACAAUUGGUCACAUUUUAUAUAUUAUUGCCGAAAACAAUAUCCAACAACAGCAACAAGGCAAUACCAAUUCUUCAUUGAAUAACUCUACAAAUAAUACAACUCUUCUUAAAGAAGCACUGUGCAAUAUACCUAGCCCCACUACUGAGAUUAUUACAAGGAAUGUAGCAUCAAAACUUGCUAGAGCUUAUUUAGAGAAGUUUGGGUUUAACAAUAAAUGGAAUGGAUGGACACCACCGGAUGAGUUAUUGAGAGCUCUGAUGAAAUUAGCGUGGGCUUCUGCUGCUGCUGAUAUUACUCUUAUUUCAGCUGAUCCUCAGGCAAUCCAUGACGCUAUCGCUCGUGCCACGCCAACAACAUUUGAUAUAUUAGUUUGCAAAGAAGCAUUAGAAGAUUUAACAAUAGCUCUUGUUCUUAAUUCUUCGGCCUUAGGGUACUUAAUGGAAGAAAAAUGUUGGCAGACGUUCAUAAUUGAUCUGGUGCUUCUAUGCAGCAACAGGUCCAUAAGAAUAGUGGCUGCAGAACAAUUUCUAUUAAUGGUUACCUUUGGAACAUCACAUAAACCAUUGCACUUUAGUAUAAUUCUUCUUUUUAAUGUUCUUCAAAAUUUAGUAUUAAAUUAUGCCAAAAAUUCGCAUGAAUAUUUUCAGCUCUUGUGCCGAUUGUUAAAUUUUGCAUAUAUGUAUAAUUGCCCACUUAGUACAGCUGAAACACUUUUAAAUCAGGAGAUUAAAUGGUUGAAGUCUACAAAAGAACAAGUAAAAGAAACUGGAUGUACGGGGGUUGAAGAGGCUGUUUUAGAUGGACAUCUAGGAAUUGCUAAAGAACUUUUAUCAUUCAUUUCACCAGAGAAAAAAUUCCAAAUAGGAUCUGAUGAAAAUACAGGCAUCAAUUUGAUAAAGGAAUUAGUUGAAGAUUUCAUCUUUCCUGCAUCCAAAAUGAUGCUGCAUCUUCAAAAGACUGGUGAGCUGAGUGGUGAACAAGCAGUACCUGUUUGUAGCACUCCUUUAACUCUUAGUUCGGCUUUUGAACUUCUUGUUUCUCUCUGUGAUAACUGUGCACCCAACAUGAAACUUCUAGUCACUAUGCUUACUGAUAUGUUUUACACAGAAAAUGAUGAAGGACUUCAGGAGUGGGACUAUCUACCUCCUAUUGGUCCUCGUCCUAUAUCUGGAUUUGUUGGCUUAAAAAAUGCUGGAGCUACGUGUUAUAUGAACUCUGUUCUUCAGCAACUCUAUAUGGUUCCUGGAAUCAGAAUAGGUCUUUUAGCUGCUGAAGGUGCCACUACUGAUUCUGAUGACUUUUAUAGUAAUGAAAAUGAAAGUAUAAUGAGUGGCAGUGGACCUGAAAGUGAAGAAAAAUCAUCAUUAGAAGAAUCUAGAAAAGAAUAUAAUAUAGGUAUUUUAAAACAGGUUCAAGCCAUAUUUGGUCAUCUCGCUUAUAGUAAAUUACAGUAUUAUAUUCCUAGAGGUCUCUGGAGACAUUUUAAACUUCAAGGAGAACCUGUUAAUCUUAGAGAGCAGCAAGAUGCUGUAGAAUUUUUUAUGAGCUUAGUUGAAAGUAUAGAUGAUGCACUUAAAGCUUUAGGUCAAGAACAAAUUAUGGGUAAAAUAUUAGGAGGCUCUUAUUCUGAUCAAAAAAUAUGUAAAGGCUGUCCGCAUAGAUAUUCCAAAGAAGAACCAUUUAGUGUUAUUAGUGUCGACAUUAGGAAUCAAUCUACAUUGCAAGAUUCUUUAGAACAGUAUGUAAAGGGUGAAUUAUUAGAAGGAGCUGAUGCAUACCACUGUGAUAAAUGUGAUAAAAAGGUUGUUACUGUUAAGAGAUUGUGUGUAAAAAAACUUCCUCCUAUUUUGACUAUACAGUUAAAAAGGUUUGAGUAUGAUUUUGAGAGAGUUUGUGCCAUAAAGUUUAAUGAUUAUUUUGAAUUUCCAAGACUGUUGGAUAUGGAGCCUUAUACAGUUUCUGGCCUGGCGAAACUGGAAGGUGAGGUUGAUUAUGAUGGUAACGAAAGUCCGAAAGAGUGCACCAAAUAUCAACUGACAGGAAUUGUUGUUCACAGUGGGCAAGCUAGUGGUGGCCAUUAUUACUCUUAUAUUUUACAUAGAUUAAAAGAUGGAACAUCAAAGUGGUAUAAAUUUGAUGAUGGUGAAGUUACUGAAUGUAAAAUGGAAGAUGACGAAGAAAUGAAGUCCCAGUGUUUUGGGGGUGAAUACAUGGGAGAGGUAUUUGAUCAUAUGAUAAAGAGAAUGACGUACAGGAGGCAAAAACGUUGGUGGAACGCUUAUAUGUUAUAUUACACUCGCCAAGAUGAUAGUGUAGAUCUAGUCAAUCAUUUAAACCUGCUCUCUCUUAGUGAUAGUAAUCCUGGAAUCAUUAAAAUGCCACCAGCCAUUGAACGAAGUGUUAGAAGACAAAACAUAAGCUUUAUGCAUACUAGAAACCAGUUUAGUGCUGAAUAUUUCCAGUUUAUGAGAAGAUUAGCCACAUGUAGUUUACCCUCACCCAAUAGGCAGCAUAAUGCUGAUAAAGUGGGACCAGAAGCUGAAGAACUUUCGUUACUUUCGGUUCAGAUUGUGAGUAGAUUUUUGUUUCACACUGGUUUUCACACAAAAAAGUGCCUUCGAGGUCAAGCUACUGAUUGGUAUGAUGCCCUUUACCAUCAUCUUCGAUCGUUUGCAUCUGUUAGGUCAUGGUUCACACAUAACAUACUUUUCAAACAUCCUAACAGGUUUUGUGAAUAUCUACUGAGUUGCCCUAGUACAGAAGUAAGGACAGUUUUUAUGAAAAUCAUUGUUUUUUUAGCCCAUUUCUCGCUGCACGAUGGGCCUUGUCCACCACCAAUGGUCAAUGCUCCAAUGAUUCUGUUCGACCCGAAGGCAACAAUGAGUGAUCACUUAUUGAUUGCUGUUCUCUCAAUGCUUCAAAAAGAAGUUUCUGAACAUGGACGACAUUUACUUCAUUAUUUUUCUCUUUUUCACAUGUAUGCUUCUCUUGGGCUAGAAGAGAAGAAACAAUUGUUACAGUUAAAUGUUCCUGCCACAUUUAUGCAGGUUGCCUUAGAUGAAGGUCCUGGUCCUGCAAUAAAAUAUCAGUAUCCUGAACUCACAAAACUUCAUUGUGUAGUAUCCCAACUGGUUAGGUGUUGUGAUAUAACUUCUAAAACGCAAUCAUCUCAAACGGGACAACUAUCUUUACCGAACCCUUAUGGAGAAACUAAUCCAGGAGAAUGCCUGAUGCCAAUUCAGCCACAGGCAGAAGAAAUCUUAUUUGGACGAUCCAGUUACGUGAAAAAAAUUAUUGAAGAUUGUCAAGUAACAGAAGAAGGUGGUAAAAUUUUGCAAUACUGCUGCUGGGAAAAUCCUCACUUUUCAAGGACUGUUUUGAGUGAGCUUUUAUGGCAAAUAGCUUUUGCCUAUUGCCAUGAGCUGAGGCAUCAUAUUGAUCUAUUACUCGGUGUUAUAAUGAUGGAAGAUUCCUGGCAGACACAUAGACUUCAUAAUGCAUUAAAAGGAGUUCCUGAAGAGAGGGAAGGACUCUUUGAUACCAUUCAUCGCUCCAAAAACCAUUAUCAGAAACGUGCUUAUCAGUGCAUUAAACUAUUAGUUAAUUUAUUUUCCCAGUGUCAUACUGCCUUACAACUCCUUCAUACGAAUGAAGAAUUUAAGAGAAAAUGGACUUUGUCGAUAGAAUGGUUACAAGAUGAACUUGAAAGGCGGCCGUACGGAACUACUAAUGCCCAGUACAGUUUCAACAAUUGGUCGCCUCCAGCUCAGUCUAAUGAAUCAUCUAAUGGAUUUUACUUAGAGCGAUCCAACAGUGCCAGAAAAACCUUGGAGAGAGCAUGUGAACUUUGCCCUGAGGAUGAGCCUGACAUAGACGAUACGUGUGAAGAAAGUGAAAGUUCACAAAGUGAAGAUGUCCGCCCUGGGCCUUCACAUCCAUCUCCUCAUUACACUCAGCCUUAUCAGACUCUUCGUUCAGGGGAAAGGGUUCCUGGGGGGCCUCAGACUGUUAGGACUGAAAAUGGAAGUGCUUGGAGGAAUGAAGAGGAGCAAACACAAACUCCAUCAACCACUACACUUCAAAGUUCACAGAGUGGACAGUUCCAACCAUAGACUUCUAUUCGGAAUAUAGCAAGUCAUAUUUUAUUUACCGUAUCCCACUUUCCUUUCAUUUUAGUCUGUUGCAUUUGUAAAAUAAUUUUAACCUCCUCAUCCUUAGUGUAUAUGUACAUUACGGAAGCCAUUGUACUGUGGAAGAAUGUUAAGUUCUACAGUUAGCUGUAGGAUUCACCCACAGCCUUAUGUAUAUGCCUGGAGCCCCCUGUGACACGUGUUUUUCGGUGCUUGUAUAGAUAUCACAGGUUGUCUCUUUAAGACACUAUGUAUAAAAGUGGAAAUGUUUUUAAAAUGUCACAUAUGUGUAUAUUAAUGUUGUUUUCUUAAUACACGAUUUAAGUAAAAAUGCAUUUUUCUAAAUGGCAGCUGCGUGAUUUUUAAAUGUUGCCUAUGUUUAUAUUAUAUAACUAAGCGAUUUUUAGUUUUUAUUUAUUGUCUAUUUCCUUGUACCAAAUUGGUAUAUUUUGUAUACUUAUGUGAAGUAUGAAGAGUAUAUAGGACCUGUGAUAUAUAUGAAUCCAGCUGAGCUUUGGACUAUAUUACUAAGCCUCAUAAUUAUUAAACAGUCACGUUAUAAAAUUGUGAUUUAACUAAAUAGUUCGAGGAACUGAUAAGUUUAUGUUUAAAAAAAAAAAUCUCUGCAUAGCAAACGUUAUUGUAUUUCUGCACUGUUAUAUAAAUUUUGUUAAUGUGUAUUUUGUUUGCAUCUUGUUGACUAUUUAUUACAAUUUGCUUAAUAUAAGUCAAUUUGUAUUUUAUUUGUGAAGGUUGACUGAUUAAUGCCAAUCAAUGUCAUACUAGUUUUUUAAUUACAGCAAAUUUGACAUGUACAUUUGUUUGCCUACCAUGUGAAAAAAAAAUAAAUGAAGUAUAUAUAUGUAUACAUACAAACAUAUAUAUAUAUUAUAUAUAUAUUUGAGAUUUAUAAUGUUUAACUGUUUCUAGCCCAUCAUUACCAUUCCUCUUCCUUGAUAAAGAUUCGCUUAUCCUUAAAAUAGUUUUUAAGAAUCGUUAAAAGGCUCAUAAAAUACUGUAGAUCUGUAUAACAUGUAAGUAGUGAAUUUGUGUAGUAUUUUUUAUUUGAAAGCUAUUUCUUACUUGGAGUAUGAAGUGUUUAGUAAACAAUUUUAAUUUUGUUAUAAUAAAA